AUGUUGUAUUUUGAACGGCGUUGUCUUGAUUUAUUUCCCACAAAUUUUGCCAGAUAUCUUAUUUCCUUUUUCUUGCCUUAUGUGAGCAAUCUAAAACCUAUUUCAAACUUCUCUUGGAGCAAUUUUCCCUUUUCCUCUCUUUCCUUUCCCCCUGUUUCUGUGCGACGGUGCUAUGUACGAUCCUACUACAUUUUGAUUAUUUUGGCAUUGGUAGCAAAUGCCCAUAGGCUAUCCAAUCUCACAGCUUUGAUCUAUUCUUCUUUCACUCUCGGGUUGGCCCAGGAUUGGUCUGCAUUGACGCAAAGUAUAGAAGGUAGCCGAAGCAAUGUCUUGCAUACGGGCCCACUCGAUGCAUCAGAUGGAAGAGUCCUGUCUUCCGCAUGGAUUCAAACCCAGACAUUGUUUGGUACUGGUGCUGACAAUCAGAUAGUCUUUCAGCUGUUUCAGUCCCUUUUUGUUAUGUCUUGUUUCCUUCCGAUUAUCUACUAUGCCGGUCUAAGAUGCCGGUGCCCAAUGUCGAGAAUGAGAUUUGAUAGAUAG